UACAAUCAGAAAAUCAUACACCACACCCAAUAACCCAAUUGAGUUAUAGAAGAGAGAGAGAAAGGGACUCUGAGAGAGUUGCAGGUUUUAUAGCAGAGGUCUCUGACAGUAAGAGAGUAUAUAUUUUAACUUUAUCUAUCAAAUAAUUCUCUCUUACUCUCUCUCUCUAUAUAGGAGCUAGCUGCUUGUUCUCUUUAUGUUUCUCUCUUUCACACUUGUAUCUUUUUGGUACUGAUGAAUACUCAAUGAGUCUACUGUUUUUCUUAGAGAGAUAGAGAGACUUGUGUGUUGCCAGAACGAUGUGAUGGAACGAUAUAAAGCCAAGCCAAGCCAGACUGAGAGCUAGUCAUGUUAUAACUACAUUACAUAAGCCCCAAAAGCAAAAACUUAUUCAAAAAGAAAAUCAUAACCCCAUUUGCAUAAACCCUUCUCUUUCUCUGAAAACCUUGUAUUUUCAUUUCAUUGUCGGCGACUUCUUCUCAAUGAGAGCUUAAAAGGGUUUCUUCUUUCUCCAAGUUUUAAGUGACGGGAAUGGUUAUUUUGGCUGCCUAGAGUGGUUAAGUUUGGAGGAGGGGGGUUUUUGAACGAUGGUUGUUCUCAAGUGAGCAAAUUUUGGAUUCUCUUUUUUGGAAGAGCAGUGAAGUGAUGGCAUUUCGUUUGGAACUUGUCCUUUUUGCUCUUCUUCUCUCUUUGGUUGUUGAUUCUGUGCAUUCUGAUGAUGGAGCUACGUUAUUGGAGAUAAAGAAAUCAUUCAGGGAUGUGGAUAAUGUUCUGUAUGACUGGACAGACUCCCCAUCUUCUGAUUAUUGUGUUUGGAGAGGGGUCAUCUGCGAUAAUGUCACCUACAAUGUCAUUGCACUUAAUCUAUCAGGUUUGAAUCUUGAAGGGGAGAUAUCACCUGCAAUUGGAAAUCUCAAAGACCUGACCUCCAUUGAUCUCAAAGGAAAUCGUCUCUCUGGCCAGAUACCUGAUGAGAUGGGUGACUGCUCUUCUUUACAAGACUUGGACCUCUCGUUUAAUGAGAUAAAUGGAGAUAUACCAUUUUCAAUUUCCAAGUUGAAGCAACUUGAAUUACUAGUCUUGAAAAAUAAUCAAUUGAUCGGACCAAUUCCAUUGACUCUGUCACAGAUUCCAAACUUAAAAGUUUUAGACCUGGCGCAGAACAGACUCAGUGGGGAAAUACCAAGACUUCUUUACUGGAACGAAGUUUUGCAGUAUCUUGGCUUGCGAGGAAAUAAUUUGGUGGGUGCUCUCUCUCCUGAUAUGUGCCAGUUAACGGGGCUGUGGUUCUUUGAUGUAAAAAACAACAGUUUGACCGGCAAAAUUCCUGAGAAUAUAGGCAACUGUACUUCCUUUCAGGUCUUGGACUUGUCCUUCAACCAGCUAACAGGAGAGAUUCCAUUCAACAUUGGAUUUUUGCAGAUAGCUACAUUAUCAUUGCAAGGAAAUCAACUGACGGGGAAGAUUCCACCAGUGAUUGGUCUGAUGCAGGCACUUGCUGUAUUAGAUUUAAGCUGCAACAUGCUAAGUGGACCAAUUCCUCCUAUAUUGGGAAAUUUAACGUACACAGAGAAAUUGUAUUUGCAUGGUAACCAGCUGACUGGAUCCAUCCCCCCUGAGCUUGGGAAUAUGACAAAGCUUCAUUACCUGGAAUUGAAUGAUAAUCAACUCAUAGGGAACAUCCCACCAGAGCUUGGAAAGCUCACUGAUUUAUAUGAUCUAAAUGUCGCCAACAACCACCUUGAAGGGCCUAUUCCUGAUAAUCUUAGCUCAUGCACAAAUCUCAAUAGCCUCAAUGUGCAUGGAAACAAUUUGAAUGGAACCAUUCCACGUGCUCUGCGAAGGCUCGAGAGUAUGACAAACCUAAAUCUCUCUAGCAACAAUAUUCAAGGUCCUAUUCCUAUUGAAUUAUCUCGAAUUAGUAAUCUGGAUACUUUGGACAUUUCCAAUAACAAAAUUAGUGGAUCCAUUCCUUCUUCCCUUGGUUACUUGGAGCAUCUUCUGAAGCUUAAUCUUAGUAGAAAUCAACUAACAGGUUUUAUUCCAGCUGAGUUCGGAAACCUGAGAAGUGUCAUGGAGAUAGACCUUUCAGAUAAUCAUCUCUCAGGAUUGAUUCCACAGGAAUUAAGUCAAAUUCAAAACAUGUUUUUAUUGAGGCUGGAAAACAAUAAUCUCUCCGGCGAUGUAAUAUCUCUAAUCAACUGCCUCAGUUUAAGUGUCUUAAAUGUAUCCUAUAACAACCUAGCUGGUGUUAUUCCUACAAGCAACAACUUUUCAAGGUUUUCACCUGACAGUUUCAUUGGAAACCCGGGUCUUUGUGGCUAUUGGCUCAACUCUCCAUGCCAUGAUUCCCAUCCAGCAGAGCGAGCCACAAUUUCUAAAGCAGCAAUACUGGGGAUUGCUUUGGGUGCCCUUGUAAUUCUUCUCAUGAUCUUAGUAGCAGCAUGUCGGCCACAUAAUCCAGCACCUUUCCCAGAUGGAUCACUUGACAAACCAGUUAGUUAUUCAACACCAAAGUUGGUGAUCCUUCACAUGAAUAUGGCACUCCAUGUGUACGAGGAUAUUAUGAGGAUGACUGAGAAUUUGAGUGAGAAGUACAUAAUUGGUCAUGGUGCAUCAAGCACUGUUUACAAAUGCGUCCUGAAAAAUUGCAGGCCAGUGGCUAUUAAGAGGCUCUAUUCACAUUAUCCCCAAUGCUUGAAGGAAUUUGAGACAGAAUUGGAGACAGUAGGGAGCAUCAAGCAUCGGAAUCUGGUCAGCCUUCAAGGAUAUUCCCUGUCACCUUCCGGGAACCUUCUUUUCUAUGAUUAUAUGGAAAAUGGCAGUCUAUGGGAUCAUUUUCAUGGCCCCAUGAAGAAGAAAAAGCUUGACUGGGAUACUCGCCUCCGGAUAGCACUUGGAGCAGCUCAAGGGCUAGCAUAUCUACACCAUGAUUGUAGUCCUCGCAUCAUUCACAGGGAUGUGAAGUCAUCAAACAUUCUACUGGACAAAGAUUUCGAGCCCCAUCUCACUGAUUUUGGGAUUGCUAAGCGCUUAUGCGUGUCAAAAUCCCAUACUUCUACCUACAUAAUGGGAACGAUUGGCUAUAUAGACCCUGAGUAUGCCCGCACUUCACGUCUCACUGAAAAGUCUGAUGUGUACAGUUAUGGGAUUGUUCUACUUGAGUUGCUAACUGGAAGGAAAGCAGUUGACAAUGAAUGCAAUCUUCAUCAUCUGAUUCUGUCCAAGACAGCUAACAAUGAGGUCAUGGAAACUGUUGAUCCUGAGAUCACUGCCACAUGUAAAGAUCUUGGAGCAGUAAAGAAGGUUUUUCAACUUGCCCUCCUAUGCACCAAGAGACAGCCAACAGAUCGGCCGACUAUGCACGAAGUGACACGCGUCCUGGGGAGCCUUGUGCCACUCAUCACACCACCCAAACAAUGCACCCAAGCUCCACCUGCCCCACUCCCAUCUGCGAAAGUCCCAUGCUAUAUCGAUGAGUAUGCGAAUAUCAAGUCUCCACACAUUUUGAAUUGUCCCUCCAUGAGCACUUCAGAUGCCCAACUCUUCCUAAAGUUUGGUGAGGUAAUAUCCCAGAACAGUCAAUGAAAAGAGGGUGUUAAAUUGUGAGAGUAUGGUAUAAACAUCCCAAAGCAGAGCAGUAUCGAGCAAGUGUUUCAAUGCUUUUUCUUAUUUUUGUUGGGGUUUUAGUGGAUGACCAGUUAGUGGAAAUUGUGUACAAAGAUUUGGAUUCCAAUUAUUGUAGCUAAGAAAAAGAAAAGACAGUACUUCUUCACUAGGAAAUUAAAAAAUGUUGCAAUUACAAGUUCA